AUGACUAAAAUUUUAUCAACUAUAUUAUUUGCUGAUGAUAUUAUAAAGCUUCCUCCUCAUCUUCCAAUUUUUGCUAUACUUUCUCAUCGUUACCUUGUCGGUCAAUUCUUGUCCAGUACCAUUUACCUCUUGGCAUAUAACAUGUGCAAGGAACCAGGACGCUACAGGACAGAUCUUCCUGCUACUUCAGUCAUUAUUUGCUUCCAUAAUGAAGCUUGGACGGUUUUGCUGCGAACUGUGCAUUCAGUCCUGGACAGAUCUCCAGAAAGACUGAUCAAAGAAAUUAUUCUAGUCGACGAUUUCUCAGAUAUGCCUCAUACAAAACAGCAACUGGAUGACUAUAUGACUAAUUAUCCAAAAGUGAAAAUAGUACGUGCCAAGAAACGUGAAGGUUUAAUUCGAGCUCGUCUCCUUGGAGCCAAAUAUGCCACUGCACCAGUUCUCACCUAUUUGGAUUCUCACUGUGAAUGCACUACAGGAUGGUUGGAACCAUUACUUGAUCGGAUUGCUAGAAAUUCAACCACGGUGGUGUGUCCGGUGAUCGAUGUUAUUGACGACACCACAUUAGAAUACCAUUGGCGUGACUCUAGUGGUGUCAAUGUUGGUGGAUUUGACUGGACGCUCCAAUUCAACUGGCAUGUGGUACCCGAACGGGAGCGACGGAAGCAUAGCAACACUGCAGAACCCGUUUGGAGCCCUACCAUGGCCGGGGGAUUGUUUAGCAUAGAUAAGGCCUUUUUUGAAAGACUAGGAACCUAUGACAGUGGUUUCGAUAUUUGGGGAGGUGAAAACUUAGAAUUGUCCUUCAAAACGUGGAUGUGCGGUGGAACACUGGAAAUUGUGCCAUGCUCGCAUGUUGGUCACAUCUUCAGGAAAAGGUCGCCAUAUAAAUGGCGAACUGGAGUCAAUGUGCUGAAAAGAAACUCAGUCAGACUUGCAGAGGUAUGGUUAGACGAUUACGCCAAGUAUUACUACCAGCGAAUUGGUAAUGACAAAGGUGAUUAUGGAGAUGUCAGUGAAAGGAAAAGAUUACGUGAACGACUUGGGUGCAAACCAUUCAAAUGGUAUCUGGAUACAGUAUUUCCUGAAAUGUUCAUUCCAGGCGAAGCAAUUGCUAAUGGCGAGAUCCGUAAUCUCGGGUAUGGUGGCAAAACAUGUUUAGAUUCUCCUGCAAGAAGAGUUGAUAUGCACAAGGCAGUCGGUCUGUAUCCUUGUCACAGACAAGGAGGAAACCAGUAUUGGAUGUUAAGUAAAUCAGGCGAGAUUCGAAGGGACGACGCCUGUCUGGACUAUGCUGGUCAAGAUGUGAUAUUAUAUCAGUGCCAUGGUUCGAAGGGCAACCAAAUGUGGACCUACAACGAUGAGACCAAUCAAAUAAAACACGGAAGCAGCGAAAAGUGUUUGGCCAUUAGUGAAACAAAACAAAAACUUUUAAUGGAGGAUUGCGACAAUGCAGCAGCAAGGCAAAAGUGGACUUUAGAAAAUUACGAUCCGUCCAAAAAACUCUAAUAGGUAAAGAAUAAAGAUAAUAAAAGAAAAAAAUAAAAUCCUCAAUAAAUAUAAUGAUAUAUAGUCAAUUUGUAUCUAAGUAUUACAUUUUUAUACAACGGUACAAGCACAUGGUGCGAGACGUGUAAAGUAAUUAAUUAGUGUACAUAUCUUGUAUUGAUUGUUUUAAUAGUAGCAAUAUUUUCUAUCAUUUUAAUUUAUAUUCAAUACUUAUCACUGUUGUUUACCUAAGUUUUUUACAUAUUUCAUGUUUAUGUGCUUUAUAAAAUUUGAUGACUUGUUUUAUAUUUCAUUAAUAAAAAUUAGCUGC